ACUUGCUCAGUCAUCACCCAUCCAUCACUCGUCGUCCUCUUCAUCAACCUCGUCAUCCUUGUCAUCCUUGUCCUCCCCCUCGCAGUACAUAUAUUCCUCACCGUCUUACUUCUCACUACCCACCCACCCACUACCCACCCAUCACCAUGUCCAAACUCGCCCGCACCCUCAAAGUCGACAUCACCUCAGACACCGUCUGCCCCUUCUGCCUCCUCGGCAUCACCCAGUUCGAGGCUGCUAUCGCCAAGUGGAACAAGACCCACCCAGACAACAAGAUCAAGCUCGACGCUCGCCUUCUUCCCUACCAGCUGCGGCCACAGAUGUCUGAGGAGCCGCAGGAUCUUGGCGCAUGGAGUGCAGCCAACUUUGGCGGGCCGGAGAGGGCAAAGGCCAUGCGUACUCGCCUGGCCGAGGCCUACAAGCAGGCUGGUCUCGAGCUUGCACCCUCUGCCAAGGUAGCCAACACAAACGCUGCUCACCGCCUGGAGACGCUGGCCGACACCAAGGGGCGCGCGGUCAACUACGCCGUGGGCAAAGACAUCAUGCGCGCGUAUCAGCUCCACGGUACGGCGCCGAACGACCCAGCGAUGCUGGCCAAGAUUGGCACGCAGCACGGACUCUUCGAGACCGAGGCCCAAGGCAAGGAGUGGCUCGCCUCGGAUGCGCUCAACAAGGAGACGCAGCGGGGCUACUUGAACGCACGCGCCGACGGGAUCACGGGCGUACCGUUCUUUGUCUUUGAUGACAAGUACGCCAGCUCGGGCGCUGUGGGCGAGGACGCGUUUUACAACGUGAUUGAGCAGGUAGUAUCGCCAUAGAUUAGAAGCCUGCUAGCUGCUAGCUGCUAGCUGCUGGCCUGAGGGCGAUGUAUUGCAUUGAGACUUGA